AUGAAUGAGGGGCUCCCGGAAGGAGAGAAGGCAUCAGAGCAGCCUGCAGCAGCAGGCGCUGCUCAACCCCCCCUUCAAGGUGUGGGGCUGUCUCCUUGCAUGCAGCUGCUGCAGCGCCUCUUAGAGAUAAAAGGAGACACACAGAUUACGAGGCUCGUGGGGAUCGCAGAUAAGCAUCAACAGCAGCAGCAGCAGCAACAGCAGCAGCAGCAACAGCACCAGCGGCAACAGCACCCGCAGCAAAGCUCUGAAAGCAGCACCAGUCCGCGAGGCGCCACAUCGAGCCCGUCGCUUGAAAGGGACGACAGCAGCAGCAGCAGCAACAGCAGCAGCAGCAGCACCAACAGCAGGUGGCGGCUGCAAGUGCAGGGAGGAAGUAGCGGAGAAGCUGCUGUCUCCUCAAGAGUCCCCCCACGGUCCCUAUCGAACACCCAAGAGUUAAGACAGGCGUCUGCUCCUGCUGCUCCUGCUGCUGUUGCCGCUGAGAGACUGCUGUUGGAGCCAGACAGCCCCCCCCGUCUGCUGUCUUCCCUGCUGCCAGCAGCAGCCUUUCCUACAGAAGAAACAGCAAGACGGACAGCAGCAGCAGCAGCAAGAACAACAGCAACGGCAGCAGCAGCAACGGAAGCGGCUGCUGCCUCCUCUUUACGAGACGGGGGAAUUAGCUGGUGGGGAUUAGACGGAAGAGUAGCCAGCAGCAACAGAAGCAGCAGCAGCAGGAACAGCAGCAACGACAGCCCUAGCGAAGACACCAGCGGACACACAACAGAGACCUACUACUUUCUUUCAGAUGACUCACAGCAGCAACAGCAGCAGCACCAACAGCACCAGCUGCAGCUGCAACAGCAGGAGCAGCAACAACGGCAACAACAGCAGCAACGGCAACAGCAGCAGAACCGGCCUCAGCAAAGACGCUGGAUUGACCAGGACCUAAGGAGGAGCAGCACGCCGCAGGGUGUGAGCUUCUUAACAGGGCGUCUUGCCAGCCCCAGCAGCAGAAGCAGCAGCAGCAGCAGCAACACGAGUAGCAUAGACACGGGAGUCCUCAGCAGCAGGAGCAGCAGCAGCAUCGACAGCAGCAACAAUUCCCAGUUGAGUUUUAUGUGGCUGCGGCGGCUGCUGCGGUCUUCUGCUGCUUUGCUGCCCCCUGGCUUCUACGCGGGGGGCCCCUCUAUUGGGGCCCCUUCAGUGUUGCAUGAGGCAGCAGCACCCUCUUUAGCAGCAGCAGCAGCUGCUGCUGCUGCAGCAGCUGCAGCAGCAAGAGCAAGAACAGCAGCAACGGUAGAAAUAACACCAGAGCAGCAACAAGGCUUAAAAGGAGAGACUGCAAUUCCUCCCUUUUAUUCAAGACCCACCCCCAAGCCACAGGAGGCACCUGCUGCAGCAGCAGCAACAAGCGGUGCUGCUGCUACUACUCCUGCAGCUGUUGCUACUGCUGCUGCUGCUGCUGCUGCUGCUGCUGCUGCCUCCCUAGAGGCAGCAGGAACGGAGGGGCAUGGUUCGACUGCAGCAGCAAGUGCUGCCCCUGCUGCAGAAGACUCUGAUGGGGGGGGCCCAAUAGCCCAAGGCAGCUGCUGCGUUAGGGGCCCCCCCUUGCGAGGCCCAUACACCCCACACACUCCGAGCAACUGCAGCAGCAGCAGCAGGAGCAGUGAUGAUGACGCAGAAUGGAGUGAGCUAUGGAACCGCGCAGCUAAAUGGGCGGGGGAAGGGGGAGCUGCUGCAUUAGAGGGAGAUUUGCUACUGCUUGCUGCAGAGCUGCUGAGAGUUGCUGCUGCUGUUGCUGCCGAAGCUGCUGCCCACCACCGCGGCGCUCUACUCGCCUUUUUGCAACAGCAGCAGACGUACCCCACUGAGCAGCAGCACCAGCACCAGCACCAGCUGCUACAGCAGAAGCAGCAGCAACAGAAGCAGAAGCGACAGCAGCAGCAGCAGCUGCUGCUGCAGCAGAAAGCGCGUUGUCUUGCAGAAGCUGCAGCAAGGAUCGCGUUGGAGGCUUUGGCCCGCACAGAGAAGUCCCGCUGGCUUGCAGCAGACCUACACGCGGAGCUUGCAUGCCGCAUUGUCUUUCGUUCGGGUUUGCUGCUGGCCCGAUGGUGCCUCGACCUCUGCAAUACCAAGCGAGCAACACCAAAUGUAUCAGCAGCAGCAGCAGCUGCUGCUGCUGUCUUCCCCCCUCCUCUGCUGCUUCCGCCGCUGCCGCCGCGGCCGGCGGACCGCAAGUUGCUGCUACUGCUGUACACGCACCAGCAGAGGGAGCGGCGGCGGCAGCAGCAGCAACAGCACCCAGCCAUAAGAGGACAGGAGACCCUUCGACCUGGAGGUGUCUGGGGGCCCCCUGGGGGCCCCUGGAACCAACAGCUUCUGCAGGAGGAUUCGGAUGGGGAACUGUUGCUGCAGCAGACUGCACGGGCAGGUUGCUGCUGCUGCUGCCAGUAUUGUGCUGCUGCAGCAAACGUGCUUCCCGGAGGAUUUACGUCCCUCGGGGGAUCUCUUGCUGCACGUAGAAGCAACAGCAGCAGCAGCAGCAGACAUAAGAGGGGUUCUCUCACAGGGCCACAAGAAGCUGAGGUCCUUGUUUGUAACCUUGUCCUCGAGCGUGCAGAAAUGCUGCUCUCGUUGUCUGCGCAGCAGCUUGCUGCUGCUGCUGCGGAAGGGAAACCUGCAGACGAAGUUGCCUGCAGAAGCAAAAGCAACAGACACUUUGAUGGGGAAACCCGAAGGUCAGUAGACAGUGCUCGCGCAGCACCCCAAUCUGCAGCAGCAGAAGCAACGGCAGCAAGAGCAGCAGGACCAGCAGGAGCAGAAACAGCGGCAGCACUAAGUGCGCCGUGCUGUCUGAAGGAGACAAAGCUGGCAGCCACAGGCAAGGGGGAGACGGCAACUGUUGCAGCAGCAGCAGAGCGGAAAGUAGCAACAGCAGCCAGGGGGACAGCAGCAGCACCAGCGGUAACAACUGGGCCGGAGGCAGAAGCUCUCUCGGCAGCAGCAGAGGAUGCAGCGGCAGCAGCAGAGGAUGCAGCAGCAGCACCAGCAGAGGGUACAGCGGAGGCAGCAGCAUGGGAUACAGCAGCGGCAGCAGCAGAGGGUACAGCAGCGGCAGCAACAGGAACAACAGAUGACACACAGGUAGCAGCAGCAGAUGGUACACAAGCAGCAGCCGCAGAUGAUGCAGCAGCAGCAGCAGCAGCAGCAGAAUAUUCAGCAUCUGCUGCCGGUGUAUGUCGGGGAUUGUAUAUAAGACUCGAAGCAUCGCGUUUGUUGCUAGAGUUUGUUGAAGAGAUUCAGGUGUAUAGGCACCUAGCAGCAAAAGUAGAGGAGCUACAGAAAUGGAGACAGGAGCUGCUGCUGCGUUUUAAGGAAUUAAACGGGGAACAACAACAGCAGCAACAGCAACAGCAGCAGGGACAACCACAACAGCAGCAGGAGCAGCAGAUGUAG